GCUUCGUGGAGUGCUGGUCACAGCGGCUCGGCACACAUCGCGGUAGUCAAGUUUGUGAGGACGCUGCGCAGGUCACAGCUCACGUCACGACUGGAGAGGCAAGGUGCACAGGCAGCGGGAAGCUACGGUUUCCAAGCGUUUGGUGUCACGGGACAGGAGCUUGUCAAUUACAGGAGGCGCCUUGGAGCGGCAUGCCAUGCCAAGACCAAGGGCAGGUGUCUCACGACCCUGUUGGAGCUCGAGGCGCACGGCCAGGACCCCGCAGCGCGAUUCACGUAUCUUACCUUCUCCAUGUGGCUGAAGAAUUGGCAUGCGCAUCCUGAGGUCCGUGCCAGUAUCCGACAGGCGUGGCCGAAAUUGCGUAGCAAGCUCGAGCAGAUGGCGCCCAACCUCAGGUCAAGGCAUAUUCGUGGACCCAUGGGGGCCAUCAUCAACCAUCUCUUGGAGUUUCAGUGGGUGCCGAGAUCCCCCACAGCCUGGGACCCUCCAGGCGACACCAGCUGGGAGCUCCCCGGCUGCAACUUCUCGGGCGUUGAGGCCAUCGACAUGGCGACAUUCCGCGACUUCUUAGACGAGGUGAAGGAUGCAGCGAUGGCUCCGUUCUGGCUUGGCGCUGAGCAGCACUUCGACGGAGAGGGUCUCAGAUUCGGCACCGACAGCUUCUCGUAUCGGCGACUCUUGGCGCGCCUCGCUCAGGUUCGACCCGCUGGCAAGAGAUUGGCUGGCAUCAUGUUAUCGGUGGCGAUAGGGGGCUCGUGGACCAAGGCGCGCAAGGCAGACCAGUACGUCAAGCCCACGACCCACUAUGCAGAAG